CAUUAUUUUAACGCUUCUUUAUCCAUCUCACUUCCUUCUGGUGUGAGCCUCGGUCGCUCAACACAUAACACAAUGGUUUCACAAACACCCUACUUGGCUUUGCCAGGUUCCUCUGCAUUCUCUGGUUUCCGCACUGCUCGCAUCGCUGCCGCAAUCGGCGCCACUGAAGUGCGCGCAGUAUGGAUGCACUAUGUCAACCCCAAGCAGGAGCUCAGUGAAGAGGACUCGAAGAUUCUGGACCAACUUUUGAAGUAUGGUACUCAACUCUCUACUCAAGACAAACUUUCACAACUUCUUCUGGAUGCCGUCCACCGUGGAGGUGACGCCAGAGACGACAACACUCGUCUUUACUACGUUUCUCCCAGAGCCGGAACUAUCUCACCAUGGAGCUCAAAGGCCACCAGUAUCGCCCACGUUUGUGGUCUCGAGAAGCAGAUCAAGCGUAUUGAGCGCGGUAUGGUUAUUGCCGCAAGCUUCAAGGACGCUCCUGCCAAGGACGAUAUCCCAAACCCUGACAUGCUUCACGACCGUAUGACUCAGACCAUCGAAUCUGGAGCUCCGGAUCUCAAUCUGAUGUUUGCCGAGCACGAGCCCGCCGAAGCUCAAGAAAUUGAACUCUUCGCUGAAGGUAGCUCGCCCAAGGAUGCCCUCCAAAAGGCCAACCGUACUCUCGGUCUGGCUCUUGACGCCUCAGAGAUCGACUACCUGGUCGAGGCCUACUCAAACCAGCUCAAGCGCAACCCCAUGGAUGUUGAGCUUUUCAUGUUUGCUCAGGUCAACUCUGAGCACUGCAGACACAAGCAGUUCAACGCUGACUGGACCAUCGAUGGCAUGCGCAAGCCUCACAGCUUGUUCGGCAUGAUCAGAAACACCCACAAGAAGCACCCCGAGUACGUCGUCAGUGCCUACAGCGAUAAUGCAGCCGUUCUUCAGGGUGAAAAUGCCAGUCUCUGGGCCCCUGAGCACUCUACUGGUGAAUGGAAGCAAACUAAGGAAGUCGUCCACUUCUUGGCCAAGGUCGAGACCCACAACCACCCCACUGCAGUUUCUCCCUACCCUGGAGCAGCCACCGGAUCUGGAGGUGAAAUUCGUGACGAAGGUGCUGUUGGACAGGGUUCAAAACCCAAGGCUGGUCUUUCUGGUUUCACCGUUUCCGACCUUCUCAUUCCUGGCCACGAACAGCCUUGGGAACUGGACGUUGGAAGACCUGGCCACAUUGCCAGUGCUCUUGACAUCAUGCUUGAAGCUCCCAUCGGUAGCGCAGCAUUCAACAACGAAUUCGGAAGACCUUGCACUACUGGUUACUUCCGUACUCUGACCACCGAAGUUCCCAUUGACGAGAACACUACUGAGAUCAGAGGUUACCACAAGCCCAUCAUGCUUGCUGGUGGUGUCGGCACUGUCCGUCCCCAGCACGCUCUCAAGUCAGAGGACUUUGUCAGCGCUGGAGCUCACCUUAUCGUUCUUGGUGGACCUGCUAUGCUUAUUGGUCUCGGAGGUGGUGCAGCUUCAAGUGUUCAGUCCGGCGAGAGCAACGUUGAGCUCGACUUUGCCAGUGUUCAAAGAGGCAACGCCGAAGUCCAGAGACGUGCUCAGGAAGUCAUCAACACCUGCACUUCGCUUGGCUCCAACAACCCCAUCCAGCUUAUCCACGAUGUCGGCGCUGGUGGUCUGUCAAACGCCCUGCCCGAGAUUGUCCACGAUGCUGGACUCGGUGCCAAGUUCGAGCUGAGAGAGAUCGAUAACGCUGAUCGCAGCCUCAGCCCUCUUCAAAUCUGGUGCUGUGAAGCACAAGAGCGAUACGUUAUGGCCGUCUCUCCCGAGGGCUUGGAGCUGUUUAAGAAGAUCUGCAAGCGUGAGAGAUGUGGUUUCUCUGUCGUUGGUCAAGCCAGCGACCGCGCCUCGAAAGAGGAGAAGCGUCUGAUCCUCAUGGACCGCAACUCCGAGAAGUACCCCAGCCCUAUCGACCUCCCCAUGUCGAUCCUCUUCGGCAAGCCUCCCAAGAUGUCAAGAAUUGUCGAGUCUAGAAAACUCAAGCUGCCCCAAUUCGACACCACUCUUGCUACUUACCUCCCCAAAGUUUCCACCAAGGAUGUCUUCGGCGAGGCCGUCAAGCGUGUCCUCUCGUUGCCCUCGGUCGGCUCCAAGUCGUUCUUGAUUACCAUCGCCGACAGAUCCGUUGGUGGUCUCGUUGUCCGUGACCAGAUGGUCGGCCCUUGGCAGACUCCCGUCGCUGAUGUUUCAGUCACUGCCACCUCGCUCAUGGCUGGUGUCAAGACCGGUGAGGCUAUGGCUAUGGGUGAGCGUCCUUCGCUUGCUCUGAUCUCGGCUGCUGCUUCCGCUCGUAUGUCGGUGGCUGAGUCUUUGAUGAACUUGGCUGCUGCCAGCAUCCCUGACAGACUCAAGCGCAUUCGCCUUUCCGCCAACUGGAUGGCCGCCAGUGGUCACCCUGGUGAGGGUGCCGCUCUCUACGAGGCUGUGGAGGCCAUCGGUAUGGAGCUUUGCCCCGAGCUUGGUAUUUCCAUUCCCGUAGGCAAGGACUCCAUGUCCAUGAAGAUGAAGUGGCAAGACGAGAAGACCAAGGAAGCCAAGGAGGUCACUGCACCUCUUUCGCUGGUCAUCUCUGCCUUCGCCCCUGUCGACCACAUUGACAGAACCUGGACUCCUACUCUCUCCAGACUCGAAGAUGUCGGCGAGACUGUCCUUCUUUUCGUUGAUCUUGCUGCCGGUAAGAAGGCAAUGGGUGGCUCUGCUCUUGCUCAAGUCUUCGGCAAGAUCGGCAAUGAGGCUCCCGAUGUUCGUGAUGCAGAGGUGCUCAAGGACUUCUACGACGCUGUCGAGUCGCUUCACGAGUCUGGCAUUGUUCUUGCAUACCACGACCGUUCCGAUGGUGGUCUCUUCACCACCCUCGUCGAGAUGAUGUUCGCUGGCCGUACUGGUCUCGAGAUUAUGCUUGACGGCAUCUCACAGUCAGACAAGACCGAAGAUGUCAUUGAGGCUCUGUUCAACGAGGAGAUUGGUGCCGUCUUCCAGGUCAGGAAGAAGGACGAGAUUGAGUUCAACCGUUGCUUCUCAAGCUGCGGUCCUCCUCCUGGCAUGAUCAAGAAGAUCGGUAGAGUUCCUGCAGUCACCAAGCAAGAAAUCUCUUUCCACUACAAGACCGACGUCAUCUACAGAGAGACCCGCCAAAACCUGCAACAAACCUGGCAAGCUACAUCUGUGGCUAUGCAGCGCCUCAGAGACAACCCCGAGUGUGCCGAUGUUGAGAUGAAGAACACCUCCGACAACCAGGACCCCGGUCUUUCAUACAAGCUCACCUUCAACCCCAAGGACAACAUCUUGCCCCUGACCACAACCAUCUCUUCGGCCAUCAGCGCCAAGCCUCGCGUCGCCAUUUUGCGUGAGCAGGGUGUCAACGGUCAGUCCGAGAUGGCUUUCGCCUUCAGCGUUGCUGGCUUCUCUGCCGUCGAUGUGCACAUGAGUGAUAUCCUCUCUGGUCGCGUCUCGCUCGCAUCAUUCGUUGGUAUGGCAGCCUGUGGUGGCUUCUCAUACGGUGAUGUCCUCGGUGCCGGUCAAGGUUGGGCCAAGAGCAUCCUGCUCCACUCAGGUGCCCGUAAGGAGUUCAAGGACUUCUUCGAGAGAAAGGAUACUUUCACCCUUGGUGUCUGCAACGGCUGUCAAUUCCUGUCGCGUCUCACAGACAUAAUUCCUGGUGCCGAGACAUGGCCCACCUUUGAAACCAACGUCAGCGAGCAAUACGAGGCCCGCGUCUGCAUGGUCGAGGUCAUGGACCAGCCUAAACAACCCAGUGUGUUCUUGCACGGCAUGAACGGCUCUUACAUCCCCAUCAUCACCGCCCACGGCGAAGGUCAAGCUACCUUCGACACCUCCGCCGCUUCAUCAGCAAGCCCGCAAGCCCUGAUGAACGAGGGUCUUGUCUCCAUGCGCUACGUCGACAACUACCUCAAGCCCACCGAGAAGUACCCUUACAACCCUAACGGUUCUCCUCAAGGCAUCACUGGUGUCAGAACCCCUGACGGUCGCGUCCUGGCCAUGAUGCCCCACCCUGAGCGUACUAUUCUCAAGGAAGUCGGCAGCUGGAUGCCCAGAGAGCAAUCCGACACUUGGGGCGAAUUCGGCCCUUGGGUCAGAAUGUUCAAGAGCGCCAGAAAGUGGGUUGGUUAGAAGGAAAGGGAAGCGCACUGUAUACAAAUGAGCGGUUGCUGCUGCUUAUAUUAAAGGACAUUCACGAGGAAAUUAUACUACGGGCAGAUAUUGGGGAAACGGGCAAAUGGCGUUUGAUGAAAUUUUUGAGGGAUGGAGGCAGAUUCUCUAAGAUAGAGGAGUAAACAAAUUAGCUAAAGAAGAAGAUAAGCAGCGAUGCAGUUUUUUGCCUUGACAGUUUUGCAAUUGAAGUUUUUAUUUGAAGAA